GCUACUUUGCUCUUUGCUGGUUGUUUUUACGAAUGUAAAUAACUCGCUGAUGGAAUGUAAACAUGCGAACAUGCAAACACAUUAAACCUAGAUGAACUCGUGAUUGGGUUAAAUAAAGGAGCUUAUAAUCCUACUGAUAAAAUUUAUAAUGUCUUCUGUCACCAGCAAUGCUACAAAUUCUGCAGACGAAAGCUUUGAUUUUUUGUUCAAGAUCGUGUUAAUUGGUGAUUGUGGUGCGGGAAAGACUUGUGUGGUACAAAGAUUUAAAUCCGGAACUUUCGUGGAACGGCAUGGCAAUACAAUCGGUGUAGACUUUUCCAUGAAAACUGUUACUGUGGAAGGUAAAAAGGUGAAAUUACAGAUCUGGGACACUGCAGGCCAAGAGAGGUUCAGAACUAUCACCCAGAGUUACUAUCGUUCUGCAAAUGGUGUUGUCAUAGUGUAUGACAUCACAAAGAGAUCAUCGUUCCUUAGUCUACAGCGAUGGAUCGAAGAAGUACGUCGCUACACAGCUUCAAAUGUUAUUUUGGUUCUUGUGGGCAACAAGUGUGAUCUCGAGAGCCUCCGUGAGGUGGAGUUUGCGGAAGCAGAAGCAAUGUGCGAGUACAUCCCAGAAAUACUGUUCGUGUUGGAGACAUCUGCCAAGGAAAACACUCGAAUUGAUGAUAUUUUUAUGUGCCUUGCCGUGGAACUAAAGCGACGGCAUGAAGGAACGUGCUUUGGCAGUGAGUCGGAGGAGGAUACAGUCAAACUGGGUGAUGGCCGAUCCAUAUCACGCUGCAGCACUUGUAGAAUAUGAAUUAUUCACCUCCAUCACCGUGCUGUGCCUUGUUCAUCACAAGUUUUAUACUGCCAGAGAUUUUGUAACCAUUCACAAAUACAUCCAUAUAAAAUUGUAAAUGUCGUGCGACAUACUGGUUGCAAGAAACUGAAUUUAAGUAGAAUGAACUCUAUAGAAAUUAAUUAUUUGUUAGGGAUGUGCGAAUCCUUGAUUUUCAGUUCGGUUCGAAUCCGAGUCAAAUCCCUGGCAAUAUUAGAGAUAUGAAUCCGAUUCUGAAUAUUAAGCACAGAAUAAUUAAAAAUACCUAACUGAUUAAUUUUAAAAUAA